AAGCAAGAACAAAAUAUACAAAAACAGCUGAGUAACAGCAUCAGUCGCAGCAGCAGCAGCAACAUCAAGAAUAAGAAAAGCGAAACGUGAUUAAAAAUUGGUAUAAAGUGUGCUACGAACCAAGGCGAAAACAGCGAAGAGAAACGAUUGCCCGAUUCGCUUAUUCUCUCGAUUCUACCUAUCUGUAUCUCUCGCACACGAGGAGUUGUAACUCAUCUGCUUAAGAGCCCAACAGCAACCAAUUCGCUCUGUAAUGGCUCAACUUCGUUCCUGGAACGCAUCACGCACAACAUUUAAAUUCGCUUACUAUUGUCGCAGCGCAGGCAGCUUCUGUAGCGGCAGCCGAAACGGUUUUUUGGGGGGAGUAACCGAAUAUUAUUACAACAAUGUCAACGGCAACGGCGUAAGUUGCCUUAAAAGAAGUUUACAUACAUCAUGUACCGGCGCCAACGCCAGUAAAAGUGCUGUGUUGCACUGGCAGAAUUCGUUGUUGAGUGACGUUCGCUGUCUGCACUCAGCAGCGCAGGACAAGCAGGCGCAGGUGUCAGUCGUUGAUAGGACGCAGCACGUCCAAUCAAAGCAGGAGGGUGUCAAGCCACAGCGUGACCCGCUCGACGUUAGCUUUAACGAUCCAAUUGCGGCAUUUAAGAGCAAAACAACAUGGGAGCUGACACGCGCCUAUUUGGUCUACAUGAUCUGCACCAGCGAAAAGAUUGUUGAGCAUAAUAUGACGCUUAUGAAAUGGACAAACAAAAUGUUGGGUAAAAGAUUAUUUACAGCAUUAAUGAAGGCAACAUUCUAUGGCCAUUUUGUCGCUGGCGAGGAUCAGAUCAAGAUAAUACCCACCUUGGAAAGACUUCGCUCCUUUGGCGUUAAGCCCAUCCUGGAUUAUUCCGUCGAAGAGGACAUCACUCAGGAAGAAGCUGAGAAGCGUGAAGUUGAAUCUUCUGUGUCAAGUGCGGGUGAUAAUGAAAAGGAUGCUGGUGCAUUGCCUCAAUAUCAUGUGGAUAAAUCUUUCGCCGAUCGUCGCUAUAAGGUGAGCAGUGCUCGUACCUAUUUCUAUCUAAACGAAGCGACCUGUGAGCGAAACAUGGAAAUCUUCAUCAAGUGUCUGGAAGCUGUUUCAGAUGACGAUGCCAAAGAUCCACGUCCUGCACCCGACGGCGCCACCUUCGGAACAGGCAUCACAGCCAUCAAGCUAACUGCCCUCGGCCGUCCCCAGUUGCUGUUACAACUGUCGGAGGUCAUAAUGCGCACACGUAAAUAUAUGGAGGCACUUGUCGGCGGUCAGGGCAACGUGUUGACCCAUCAUAAGACCAUCAAGGAUCUCGAGAAGUAUUAUGCAAGCGUUGGCGACAACAAGGAUGUGCAGCAGUUCUUACAGAAUGUCACGUCUGAUAAGGAGGGCAUAUUGCACCUGUUCCCCUGGUCAGGCAUUGUUGAUGAGAACUCCCAGUUGAGCGAAACAUUUCGUGUGCCCGAUCCACUGACUGGUCAAAUGCGUCGAUUGAUCUCACAAAUAUCGCCCAAAGAAGAAGAGAUGUUUAGAAACAUGAUACGUCGUCUAAACACAAUUGUAAAGACUGCCGCUGAGCUGGAUGUCCGCAUUAUGGUUGAUGCGGAGCAAACAUAUUUCCAGCCAGCUAUAACACGCAUCACGUUGGAAAUGAUGCGUAAAUACAACAAGAACAAGGCCAUAGUAUUCAAUACCUAUCAGUGUUACUUGCGUGAGACAUUCCGUGAGGUGGUCACAGAUUUGGAACAGGCAAGUCGACAGGGUUUCUACUUUGGUGCCAAGCUGGUGCGAGGCGCUUAUAUGGAUCAGGAGCGUGCUCGGGCUCAGGCGUUGGGAUAUGCCGAUCCAGUAAAUCCCAACUACGAGGCUACGACCGAGAUGUACCACAAGACCUUGGCCGAAUGUCUGCGUCGCAUAAAGGUUCUGAAGGAUUGCGGCCAGGAUGCUCGAAAAAUUGGUAUUAUGGUUGCUUCUCACAAUGAGGAUACGGUUCGCUUUGCCAUCGAAAAUAUGAAAUCGAUUGGUAUUUCGCCAGAGGAUAAGGUCAUAUGCUUCGGUCAAUUAUUGGGCAUGUGUGAUUACAUUACUUUCCCACUGGGCCAAGCAGGUUACUCGGCGUACAAGUAUAUACCUUAUGGACCCGUUGAAGAGGUGCUGCCAUAUUUGUCGCGCCGUGCUCAAGAGAACAAAGGUGUUCUUAAGAAGAUCAAGAAGGAGAAACGAUUGCUUCUAAGUGAAAUACGUCGUCGUCUGUUCAGGGGUCAGCUCUUCUAUACGCCGAAGGGCAACUAUGUGCCCAUCUAAAGUGGACGAAACAUCAGCUUAUAGAAAGACACGCCAUCCAUUAUAUAUGUGUAUAUAUG